GCAAAACAACACAACUGCUCCCACUGUGGAAAGAGUUUUACAGAGUUAGGCAACAUGAAAAGGCAUGAAAGGACACACACGGGUGAGAAGCCUCAUCAAUGCUCUCACUGUGGAAAGACUUUUACUGAGUUAUGGAGCCUGAAAACGCAUGAGAGAAUACACACAGGGGAGAAGCUGUACCACUGCUCCCAGUGUGGAAAGAGUUUUACCCGGUCAGGGCACAUGAAAGAACAUAAGAGAACACACACAGGGGAGAAGCCUUACCUCUGUUCCGAGUGUGGAAAGAGUUUUACCCACUUAUGUAACCUGAAAACACAUGAGAGAUUGCACACAGGGGAAAGCCUUACCACUGCUCCCAGUAAGCCUUACCUCUGUUCCCAGUGUGGAAAGAGUUUUACCCACUUAUGUAACUUGAAAACACAUGAGAGGUUACACACAGGGGAGAAGGAUUAUGAAUGCUCUCCGUGUGGAUUGAGUUUUACCACUUUAGGGUACCUGAAAUCACAUGAGCGAACACACACAAGAGAGAAGCCUUUCCAAUGCUCACAGUGCAGAGAGAUUUUCACCCAGUUCGGGAGCCUUAAAAGGCAUGAAAGGACACACACAGUUGAGAAGCCUCAUCAUUGCACUCACUGUGGGAAGACUUUUACCCAGUUAGGGGGCCUGAAAAGACAUGAGAGAAUACACACAGGGGAAAAGCCUCAUUAUUGCACUCACUGUGGGAAGACUUUUACCCAGUUAGGGGGCCUGAAAACGCAUGAGAGAAUACACACAGGGGAGAAGCCUUACUGCUGCUCCCAGUGUGGAAAGAGUUUUACCCGGUCAGAGCACAUGAAAGAACAUAAGAGAACACACACAGGGGAGAAGCCUUAUUGUUGCUUCCAGUGUGGAAAGAGUUUUACCUACUUAUGUAACCUGAAAACACACGAGAGAAUACACACAGGGGAGAAGCCUUACCACUGCUCCCAGUGUGGAAAGGGUUUUAACCAGUUAGGGGUCCUGAAACGACACGAGAGAAAACACACAGGAGAUAAGGAUGUAGGAUGUUGAACUGUAGAA